AUGAAUCCAUCAACAAAUUUUUCAUCAUAUCUACUUCCAUCAGUUUUUGAUCCACGUUAUCAUCAACAUUUAAAUCAUUUAAAUGAUAUGGCAUUUACACAUACAAAAAUGUUACAAGAAAUUAUUGAAAAACGUUCAGUUGAAUCAUCAGCAUCAUCACCAUCACCAUCAACAUCAUCAUCAAUUUCACCAUUGGCAGCAACAUCAAAUGAUUCAAUACAACAACAAAAACGUUCACAUGCACAUCUUGAUAAUAAUAAUGAAGAACAACGACAACAACAAGGAAAAGAUUUUUUAAUUAAACGAUCAAAAGUCAAUGACGAUGCUGACGAUGAAGGUGAUGACGAUGAUGAAGACGAAGAAGAGAAUGAAAACCAUCAUAGUAAACGUUCAAGAAAACAAUUGAAACCACAACAAUUUCUUACUGAAAAAAAUCAAAGUGAUGAUGAUAAAGAUUUAUCAUCUGAAGAAGAAAUUGGUGAAGUUAAUAGUCAAGACGAAAAACAAAAUAUACUUCCAAUUCCUCAACCACCAAUCAUGCCAUUCUCUCCUCAUAAUUUACCAUUUUUAAAUUAUAUUCAAGAUUUAGCACGUACAAAUAAUAUUACAUCUCCUAUAGCUAUGACUCGAUUUCUUGAAAAUCUACAAAAAGAACUUUUUUCUGCUGUACAAAAUGCUGCUUUGGAAACAAAACGAAUUCCUUUACCAUUACCAUCAAUGUUUUCUCAAACAGUUCAUCAUCAUCAUCAUCCGUAUUUCUCUCAAAUACUUUUUAAUAAUUCAUUUGUUAAUCAUUAUCCACCACCACCACCUCCACCUCCAUUACUUCGAUUUGGUAAUACAUCAUCAGAUCGGACAUUUCCAUUUCAUUUAUCAACACCAAAAAAACGUCGUACUAAAGUUACUGAUACACGUUUAUCACCACGUAUAGGAUCAAAAAUAAUUCCUCAUGAUGAUUUAAUCGAUGACGAUAAAAGUUCAUCGAAUCAUUCGUAUGAAUCAACAACAUCAAAUCAUCGACGACAACAGUCAACAAUUGAAUACAAUGCUUAUCAAAUAACAAAAUUAAUGUUUUUUUAUACACGUUAUCCAAGUUCAUCCGUACUUAAAGUUUAUUUUCCUGAUGUACGUUUUAAUAAAUUAAUCACAGCACAAUUAGUUAAAUGGUUCUCAAAUUUUCGAGAAUUUUUUUAUAUACAAAUUGAAAAAUAUGCUCGACAAUAUUUAGCUGAAGGUGUACGAAAAGUUGAAGAUUUAAUUAUAACAACCGAUUCAGAUUUAUAUCGUGUACUUAAUCUUCAUUAUAAUCGAUCAAAUCAAAUUGAUGUUCCAUUAAGUUUUUGUGAUGUUGUACAAUCGACAUUAAGAGAAUUUUUUCAUGCUAUACAACAACAAAAAGAUCUUGAACCAUCAUGGAAAAAAAGUAUCUAUAAAAUUAUACAACGUUUAGAUGAUCAAAUACCAGAAUUUUUUAAAGAUGAACAUUGGGUUCAUUCCAUUUGA